AUGCACGGUCGGGCUGACAGUGCCGCCGCCCACCAGGUCUUCACGGCAGUUCGCCGUGCAGGCGGUGAGGAGGCCGAGCUGCAUCCUUUGCGGGACAUUAACAACAAAGAAAUCGAGGAGGUCAAGCAGCUGAAACACCCACCUCGUGAGGUGGCAAGGGUCAUGGAGGUCGUCCACUUGCUGCUGUCUUUGACGCUUCCAUCUUCGAUUGACUGGGGCGAUGUUCUUCGCACCGUUGUGCGUGUGGACUUCCUGAAGCGCGCCCGCAACAUUGACAUGGAGGCCAUCUUGGAGCAGCCUCGUCUGAUUGACUACAUCUGCCGAAGAUACUUCGCGGGAAGCGAACCUCUGACACCUGAUCGAGUUCGGUGGGCAAGCAAGGCUGUGGUGGCUUUCUUUGGGUGGACCGUUGCCAUCAUUGCCGGCUGUCUGCCAGCUUUCCCGGCGAAGGUCGGUGGCGAGGAGUCGAGGCGGCGGAUCAUCUUGCUCGACCAGGAACUUCGCGAAGAGCGGCGUCAGAACCGAGAUGCCGAGGAGCAACACCGCGCGGAGAAGCAGCGCAGGGAAGUCGAAAGGCAGCGCGAAAAGCAACACGAGGAGGACUCCCUAAACCAGGAACAAGCACGACAGAGACUUGCAUCGAUCGAAGCUGCAGCCGCUGACAAGAAAAGGGCAGAGGCAGAAGAUCAGUUGCCGCAAACGGUGCAACAAAUGCAGCAGCAGCGGCUGCAGCAGCAGAUGCAGCAGCAGCAGCAGCUAGAGCAGCUGGAGUCUGAGCAGCGCCAGCAAGAGGUCUUCAAGCAGCGCCGAGCAGCAAAGCAGAGGAAGCUGGAAGCAAAGAUCAGGCACAAGAAACGAGUUGCGCUUGGACUAGACAGCGACGAAUCCGGCUCAGAAGCGGAGCGGUGUCGUGGUGUUUGGAACAGCAACAAUCCGGACAUCAGGUUCUUGCGCAUGGCAGGUGCUGAAAUCACAUUCCUUUCCGACGAGUUCGCCGACCACUGUACAGCGGUGUCUUGUCGACCCAUGCACUAUGGCCAGCACUUCUACGAGUUUAUCGUGCACCACUUCAGUGAUCAGCUACGAUGUGGUGUCACUACGGAUGCGGUGCAGGCUGGUGCGCUCGUUGCAGGACACAACCUGCGUGGAUGGUGCUACAACACCGGACCAAGAAAACAAAAGGCAAAGACGAUGCCUGCGGGGCUACAAGUCAAUGGCAAGGUUGUACAAGAGUUCAGCAGUGUUGACGAUGGUGACGUUAUCGGUGUGCUCGUGGAUGCGGACAGAUGGUCGAUUGCAUUCUUGAAGAACCGGGUGCUGGAGGGAAGCUGUGCGAUGAGUUCCCAUGCACGGGAGCCGCUCUAUCUGCUCUUGCACAUGGAUGCGGCAGGUGACCACGUGAACUUGCGUCACGUACCCCUGCAGGAAGCUCCAGCAGAUGCUCUUGCAGCGCUGGAGUCCUUCUCCCCUCCCUCCUGGCAAACCGUGGUGAGCGACUGCUCCGAUUGCUCCAGCGUGAGCGAGGGCGAGGGCAUUCCAGGUCCGUCCGCACAAAACCGGCCUCGCUCUGCUGGUGCCAGUGGCUUCAGUGAGCCACUGAGCGGUCGAGCGCCCCUUGAACGAGACGCAGGCCCGCACCCGAUGGUCCCUUCAGUCUCUUCCUCUGCCGGCGACCUUCGUGUUGCCUCGAAGUCGCUCCUUGGGGCGGCUGGGGCGAUUCUCGCCCACAAGCCACCGGGGCCACCGGCCACCAGCAACCCUCCAGGACCUGCAGGGCCUUUCCCUCCAGCUCCGACAACGUCGCAGAUGCCACGAGAUCGCAACGACGAGCCAAGUGUUGUGGUCGGUCUCAAAGCUCGCCUGAGGGAGCUGAAAGACUGCUUGGACGAAGGCCUUCUAACCAUGGACGAGUUCCAGGAGGAGAAGGGCAUCAUAUUGCGGGCGAUGCGACCUUCACUGAAUGCCUCCGGCACAGGGCCCGGAUUCGCAGCUCUGCUCGACUACUGCGCUGCCAGCUUCGACGAGCAAAAUGCGGCGUGGCACGUGUCAUCUGCAGCAAUUGCUGUGGCCCAGUUCGAUAUGCAAACACAGUCUGCACAGACGCCGAAUGCAAUUGUCCUCGGUCCACAGCGUAGACGAAUACCCCAAGAUCGCUACAAGGAUAACUUUGUGUCGUACCACCGAGACUUGCCAAGAGCAUUCUUGACAGCAUCUGUGACGACACUGUCUGGCUGGCGAUGUCGCAGAUGCCGAAUGACGUGCAAACCCAGUCAGGCAGGCGAGAUGAAGCAGGUGCCUCCGCCAAAUCGUUGGGUCACCAGCCAGCCAGUCAUGACUCCAUCUAGCUCCCCAAUCACGCUGCGGCCAGACAUGCGGAUCGACGAGGUCAUUCGGAUACUUCUCCGCUCCAAUGCGGUGUGCGUAGGAGACGCGCCAGACGGCGUGUUCUUUGUGAAGGUCGCCCAAAACGGCGACGACACACAGGACCCAGGUCUUGCGUGCAUCAACUUGGCAGACCUUCUGGAGGCUCCGCGGCAGCUCCCGCUCGACUGCUUGUUGGGUCUUGGAGACAAGGAAGAAUGCGAUUUGUAUUCAUCUGCGCCCGAGCCGUACGUUGGCAAAAGUGUGCAGACGGAGUUGUAUGGCCGCCUGCCCUGGCUUCUGGGGCUGCUUGUCUUUCUGUCGGUCUCGUCAGCCAUCUUGGAAUUCUUCGAUGUUCUCCUGCAGAAGCACCUCAUCAUCGCGUUUUACCUGACGGCCCUUGUUGGCUGCGGCGGCAACGCUGGUUCACAGGCCGCCUCGCUGGUUCUGCAGGCUCUCGCAACCGGUGAGUUGGUGCCAACAUUUGCUGAUUUCUGGCGUGUCCUCAGGAAGGAGCUCCUGGUGGCACUCGGAAUUGCCGCCACUCUUUCGCUAGGAAUCGCCGGCCGCAUCCUGCUGUUCGGAGGCUCGGCUGCCGAUGCGCUCGCAAUCGCCCUUGCCAUGGCCGUUACGGUGUCCUUCUCCGUUCUCUUUGGUGCCAGCGCCCCUCUUCUGCUCCAGCGGGCUGGCGCAGACCCGGCGAAGGUCAGUGGACCGCUGCUCUCCACGGUCAUCGACAUCGCGGGGGUGUUGGUCGCCUGCCUUUCGGCGCAGCUAUUGGAGGCAGUGGGUGCCUGGGACACCAUGGAGAAGCUCUGA